ACAAAUUCAAAAUGAAACAAAUAAUAAUCUAAAACGUAUUUCAUUUGCUAUUGAUUUUCUUCAUUCACAAACAAAUACAGAUCAUAAUGAAGGAAAUGCAACACGUAUUAAUAAUUCAUCGAAUAUAACUGAACAACCUACUAAUACAUGGCCACCACCACCACCACCGCCACCACCAUCAUCAAAUGAAUCAUCAAUUUCAACAGAUGCUCAAUCAUUAUCAUCUCCAAUAAUGCCACCUGGAUCAGCAUCAAAUUUUUAUCGAGUAAGACUUUUGUGAAAGAUAAUCUAAAAGGAAUGUUAAAGUUUCGAUCCCACUCCUUCGACAGAUUAAAACUAGAG